UCGGUAUUAUAGACAGAAUAAGUAAAGAUAAGAAUAAGAAAAGGAAGGGAAAGUAAUGGUGGACGCUGGCACAAUGCUUUGUUCAUGGAAGAUAAGAAUCAAAACCCUAGAAAGAAGGUUUAUCAAGACUUCGAUGAAGUAAUGUGGGUUCUCUGAGAGGGAGCCAUGGAGGAUCAUUGGAAGCUAGUUUUCGCAGUUUUUCUGUGCUUUGUUUCAGUGGUUUCUUGUGCCACUGACCCUAACGACCUCAAAAUUCUGAAUGACCUCAGAGACGGCUUGGACAACCCAGAACUGCUAAAUUGGCCUUCUAACGGAGAUGAUCCAUGUGGCCCUCCUUCAUGGCCGCAUUUGUUCUGUUCUGGCAGCAAGGUUUCGCAGAUUCAAGUUCAAGGCUUGGGAUUGAAGGGAUCUCUCCCUCAGAACUUCAACCAGCUGAAAAUGCUCUCAAAUUUGGGACUUCAGAGGAACAACUUCAGUGGGAAGAUACCGACGUUCAGCGGAUUGUCUGAAUUACACUACGCUUAUUUGGGUAAUAAUCAAUUUGACACGAUCCCUUCCGAUUUUUCCAAUGGACUUACUAGUUUACAGGUACUGUCCUUGGAUAACAAUCCAUUGAACGCGAGCACUGGUUGGUCUAUUCCUAGCGAGUUGCAGAAUUCAGCUCAGUUAACCAAUCUGUCCUUAAUGGGAUGCAAUUUGGUUGGUUCUGUGCCGGAUUUCCUAGGCUCAAUGCCGUCGCUGACAGUCCUAAAACUUUCCUACAACAAUCUCACCGGAGAAAUUCCGGCGAGUUUUAACCAGUCGCAGUUGCAGAUUCUGUGGUUGGAUAAUCAGAAUGGUGGCAAGAUGACUGGUCCAAUAGAUGUAAUUGUGAACAUUCCCUCGCUGACGCAGCUAUGGUUACAUGGAAAUAAAUUCAGUGGGACGAUUCCUGAGGGCAUUGGACAAUUGUCUUCUUUGACAGAUCUCAACCUCAAUACUAACCAACUUGUGGGUCUCAUUCCCAAGAGCAUAGCAGGUAUGCAACUUCAGAAAUUAGAUUUGAGCAAUAACAUGUUGAUGGGUCCUGUACCAGAAUUCAAAUUUCCGAAUUUCAGUUAUGAUGGAAAUUCAUUUUGUCAAGGUAUUGGGCUUCCUUGUACUCAGGAAGUUAUAGCCCUCCUUGAUUUUCUUGGUGGUGUGCAAUUCCCAUCAAAUCUUGCUUCUGCUUGGAAGGGUAAUGACCCAUGUGCGGGCCCAUGGUUAGGAGUGAGUUGUGAAAGUAAUAAGGUUUCUGUUAUUAAUUUGCCUCGAAGAAACCUUAGUGGUAUUCUGAGUUCUUCACUAGGGAAGCUAGAUUCUCUGUCUGAAAUCCGACUUGAAGAAAACCAUCUAACAGGUUCAAUCCCAAUGAAUUUGAUUGGUUUGAAAUCUUUGAAGUUGUUGGAUCUAAGUGGGAAUAAUAUUGAACCUCCACUGCCAAAAUUUAGUGAAAGCGUGAAGGUUGUUAUAGAUGGGAAUCCUCUAUUCAACACUAAUCAGUCUGCUACACCUUCCUCAGGUAAUAAUUCAUCCUCAUCAGGGACUUCAAGGUCUCCACCCAGCAACCCUUCUUCUCCACCCAAAGGCUUGAAACUUGUUGGUAUUGUAGCCCCACUUGCAUGUUUUGCUUCCUUGGUUCUUCUGGUUGUUCCUCUGUCUAUAUGGUACUGCAAGAAGAGAAAAUGCACCUUCCAGGCACCGAGGUCAAUUGUGGUUCACCCCAGAGACCCAUAUGAUCCAGAAAACAUGGUUAAGAUUGCAGUUUCUAAUAACGUUAAUGGAAGCUUAUCUAAUCUAACAGAGAGUAGUUCUCAGAGUAUACAUAGUAGCAGAAUGGGAGAAUGUCAUGCGGUUGAGGCUGGGAAUUUGAUUGUAUCAGUUCAAGUUCUACGUAAUGUGACCAAGAAUUUUUCUCCAGAAAAUGAACUAGGACGUGGUGGUUUUGGGACAGUUUAUAAGGGGGAACUGGAUGAUGGUACAAAAAUAGCAGUCAAGAGAAUGGAGGCUGGUGUGAUUAGCAACAAGGCUUUGGAUGAAUUUCAGGCUGAAAUUGCAGUUCUUUCAAAGGUCAGACACCGGCAUCUGGUAUCUCUGUUGGGAUACUCCAUAGAAGGUAAUGAGAGGCUUCUAGUGUAUGAGUAUGUGCCUCAGGGGGCUCUGAGCAAGCAUCUUUUCCACUGGAGGAGUCUGAAUUUGGAACCUCUAUCUUGGAAAAGGAGGCUCAACAUUGCCUUGGAUGUUGCUAGGGGAAUGGAGUAUCUUCAUUCUCUAGCUCAUCAGAGCUUUAUACAUAGAGAUCUUAAAUCUUCAAAUAUACUCCUUGGUGAUGACUAUCGAGCAAAGGUUUCAGAUUUUGGGUUGGUAAAACUUGCCCCUGAUGGAGAGAAAUCUGUGGUGACGAGGCUUGCUGGGACUUUUGGAUAUUUAGCACCAGAAUAUGCUGUCACAGGGAAAAUCACGACCAAAGCUGAUGUCUUCAGCUUUGGAGUCGUGUUAAUAGAGCUUUUGACUGGACUGAUGGCACUUGAUGAGGAGAGGCCUGAGGAGAGCCGAUAUUUGGCUGCAUGGUUCUGGAACAUCAAAUCAAGUAGGGAGAAGCUAAUGGCUGCAAUUGAUCCAGCUCUUGGUGUGAAUGAAGAGACGUUUGAGAGUGUAUACAUCAUAGCUGAACUGGCUGGGCAUUGCACGGCAAGAGAGCCCAACCAGCGUCCUGAUAUGGGCCAUGCAGUGAAUGUACUAGCGCCAUUAGUUGAAAAGUGGAAACCAUUGUUUGAUGAAACUGAGGAAUAUUCAGGCAUUGAUUACAGUCUACCCCUCACUCAGAUGGUGAAGGGCUGGCAGGAAGCUGAAGGUAGAGAUAACAGUUAUACCAGCCUUGAUGACAGCAAGGGAAGCAUCCCAGCAAGGCCCAUUGGUUUUGCUGAAUCCUUCACUUCUGCUGAUGGUCGGUAAAUCAUAGUUUAAAUGCCAUUCAGCAAUUGGUGAUUUGCCACUCUUUGCAUUUUAGAUCUUUGUCUAGUCAGUCUAAUCAGUGAAGGUUUAGUGGGUUUGAUGGAUAGAACCAUAGAUUCUUGUUUUUAGGAUUUCCCAUGUAUUUUCUUUUUUUCCUUUACUUUUUCGUUUGUUUUCCUUUUGAGAGUGAGAAUGUGUGGAGUUGAUGCUGUAUAUAGAAGUAUAAAAGAGAACUUUGUUAAGUUCUCUCCUGAUUUAUAUUCAUAUGUUCCACGUUUUCAGUGGUGUGCUUGCUAAAAGAUUUGUCAUUCAGUUCUGUUUUGAUGUUAAGAAUGCUUCUGUACUA